GCUUUCGAGCACCACGAUCAUAUGCCUGACUGGUUUUCAAGCUGUUGUGGUAAGAUAGGACUGAAGAUGAAGAUAUAAUCGCCGGGUCGAGUGUAUCGUGAUCGAUUUUCAUCGGUCGAAACAGGUCGGAGGGCAAAGUUCGAAUAUUAUGAAGUACGGGAUUUAUCUUAGCGCGGCUAUGUCUCAACUCUUCUACAUCUGUUGGUUAGGGAACGAGCUCGACUACGCGAGUUCGACAUUGGACAAAAGUCAGUGGUUCUCGGGCUGGCAUAACGAACGUUUGGCCGGUGUUGCUCGGAUAUUCACGUUGUCCACGGUGUUCACCAGAAAAUCGAUAAUUCUAAGAGCCAGUGCAUUUUACGUCCUUUCUUUGGAAACUUUUAUCGUGAUUAUAAAGAGAUCCUACUCGUUUUUCACCUUAUUGAACAACAUGGAUUUAACGGGUCAUUAACACCGCUGUCUUUAUUCAACAUGAGAAGAAGACCGUUUACACGCGCGUUUAGAGGCAUCGAUUAUACAUAUAUUCUUCGGUUUGAAAACGGUAAAACGGAAACUUAAUCCAAUGUUUCAGCGUUCCACCGUGAUAACACACAUAAUAACGUAAAAUUAAGAAUAGAAACCCUAUCGUUGAAGUAUUCGUCAAUCGUUAAAGUUAUCCCGAUAACUCUUUCCCUCAUCACGCUCCAUGAUCCUCUUCGGGCCAGCAACCUUGCAAAUCAUUAGUCGGACGGGAUUGUUCGAGAAAUUUACCGAUUCGUUCUGUGUUUGUUCUGCUCGGUAAUAAUUGCGUUACGAUAAUAAACAGUCUUGUUUCUCAAUGUUUGAGAGAGAGAGAGAGAGAGUCAAGAAAUCGAACAAUUAAUUCCUCGUUUUUAACCUUUUCGCGAUUAUUAUAAUCGGGCUGCAUAAGAUAUCGUACGAAAUGACGAGCGAUUCGAGUUAUCGCGCAUUAUCGAGUAUAUUAUAUUUCUCUGGAAACAUCGAUAUUCGUUUUCCAAUAACAAAAUCGUCGAAUUGUGAGCGAACGCGGCCGUUGACCAUCUUUCUCCAUGCGAAAGGGUUAACCGCGUGACGAAUGUUAACAUUGUGGCGGUCGAAAAUCGGUUCGCUCGAUUCGAAUGCAAUUAAACGAAAUUACGAUUACGGGCGAGCGUCGGUCAUCUCCAUCGAUUAAUUGAUCACCAGGCGUGAAUACUUGGCGAUAAAGUUGCCGCUCCUUCGAAAAACGUAUUCGCGGGCAAAGAUGAUGGAAAUUCGAGGAUGGUAAUUAAAAAGGCGCGUUUUACCGCCCUCUGCCCAUCCGUUCGUCCACGACACGGAACACGACGGGAGGAACACGAGAGGGCUCGUGUCUUACUCACUCUCUCCGCUCCCCUUUUUCAAUCUCCCGUUUGAUCUGACCGAUGAGUAUCUGGCCUGAUUUAUAGCGACCUACCCGCUUCGCACGGCGUUCGUUUCAUUUAACCGGGCUUACAUAAAUAUCACUCUCCUUUGGAUUCCCAAGCGAAUUAACGAAACAAAGUGUUCGUUUCGUUUUCACCUCGAACGUGGUAGGCUCUGCUAUGAGAUAUUUCUCCAUAGAAAACUCCCCCUCUUUCGAGAGUAAUCAAUGCCAAGUUAUUACGUUAUAUACACGUCCUUUCGACGAUUGUAAACUCAGAUGCACGGGUCAGAUGAGAAGGAACGAUAAAUCGUUUCGAGACGAAAUGUUAUUCAUAGUCCGCGGACUAGUCUAUAGUUGUAUAGUCGAUGGGGAAUUCUCGUGCAAAAAGGAAUUAAAGUUUCAUCCCGUUCGGUGGCAUGAACGGGAAUUCAAUCGUCUCUGAUCUCCCCAGACCAUUCCUAGUGGAAAAAUAAUCACGCGUAUACGAUUCGUUCGAGAUCGAAUACAAUCGAGCGAAUAAUCUUCUGCCUCGUCGUGGAGGAAAGAGAAGGAGCGAGGAUGUCGUUGUUCCGCAGGCCAUUCCACUGGCACUUGCUUCCUAGACAGAUGGUCGGUUCAGCACAUGUUAUCUAACUGUAGGUCCCCUUUAACCGUCCAUUUCUACCGUUUCUAUCGUACGUAUCCUCGGCCAGGCUGAGUGCGCGCUCUCGCACCGUUUUUUUCCAGCCUCCGUUUUCUUGCGUUUCUCGUAAUCGCUGAUCGUCCAUUCUUCUUCUUCUUCUUCUCAAUUUUGUCCUCUUUCUUUCUUCGGCUUUCGAAAAAAAUCGAUAGUAAAAA